AUGAUUGUUAAUCAAGUAUUAUUGGGCAUAGCAGGUAUCAUUGCAACUAUUUAUACAUUUUAUGUGAAAAAGCAACAUGACAAAAAUCCAAAAUAUAAAGCUAUGUGUGAUAUAGGACCGAAUGCGAGCUGCACUCGUGUUUUAACGAGCAAAUAUGGUACUGGCUUUGGAAUAGUUAGCGUUCUAUUUGGUAAAAAUAGUAAGCUGAAUAUGUCUAAUGGUACGUUAGGCUGUAUGUUCUAUGUAUUACAAAUUAUUAUUGGUUUAAUAGCAACGCCAUUACUCAGCAAAUUGGCUAUGUUUUCAUCUAUAUUAGCCUGUGUUGGUUCACUUUAUUUGGCUUUUAUUUUGGCAUUUGUUCUUAAAGAUCUAUGUCUUGUUUGUAUUACGACCUAUAUAAUCAAUGCUGCCCUUCUUUGGUCAAAUUAUCAAACUGUUUAUUCGAGUCAUUAA